CCUGGAUCUGUCUCUGCAGAACACCAUGAAGGUCGUGUUGGGCAUCCUGGUUCUUCUCCACUGCGCAGCAGAGGUGGUACAGUUGAGUUGCUACACCUGCCCUGAAACGAGUGAUGAAUCAAUAUGUACUAUUACCAUCUGCGGCUUCUCAGAGAUUGUGUGUAAGAACACCUACAAGAGAACUGGAACAGGACCAACUGCCACCUACUCUGUGUCAAAGACCUGUGCUACCAGCGAGACUUGUAUUCCUAAACUGGAUGCAUUACCUCUAGUGUUUUGCUGCAUAAUAUCCAGGUGUAAUGUGCAGUUGAUAUGCUUCACAUGUGAUGAAACAACCGAUGAAAGUUCCUGUACUCCAGGUCGAUGUGCAGCUGGAGCAUUCUGCCAGAGUGACUACAAACUCAACGGGGCAGGAGUGCCUGUUGUCACUAAGUCCUGUGCAGCUGAUUGCAAAGCUGUUGACAAUACAGCAGACAAAAACGUGAGGACAACUUGCUGCAAAACGGGAUUUUGUAAUGAAAACGCCUUGAGUUGCAACACUUGUACUAAUGAAGCUGACGAACCUAAAUGUGCAGCAACAGCCUGCGCUGCAGCUGACACACGAUGUCAGAGCACUUAUACCCUCACUGCCCCAGAUGUUCCAGUAUCAAAGGCAUGUGCUCAGGAUUGCACACCAUCCGCUACUGUGAAGUGCUGCGGUACAUCUCAGUGUAACGUGGACCUCUUGAAAUGCUACACCUGCACCGACUUGACAGAUGAAUCUAAGUGUAAAGAUAUAACAGUCUGUGGGUUCGGUGACAAGUUCUGUAAAACCACUUAUAAACUAACUGGAACUGGUGUCACCGUCAGCAAGGGAUGUGCAUCAACUUGUACUGUAACAACAGCUUUCCCGCGAGAUGAGUGCUGUCAGGGAAAACUGUGUAACGUGCAAACCCUGUCAUGCUUUACUUGUGCUGCUGGGACUGAUGAAGCCUCUUGUACGUUGAUUACUAACUGCGGAGCUGGUGAAACAUGGUGUUUCAGUACUUUUAUAGUGUCAGGAAGCACCAUCACUGUUGAAAAAGGCUGCGCACCCACUUGUGUACCUGACCCACAAACAUUCUGUUGCACUACGAACGACUGCAAUGCGCACUUGAUAUGCCUCACAUGUGAUGAAACAGACGAUGAAAGUUUCUGUACUCCGAGUCCAUGUGCAGCUGAAGCAUUCUGCAAGAGUGACUACAAACUCAACGGGGCAGGAGUGCCUGUUGUCACUAAGUCCUGUGCAGCUGAUUGCAAAGCUGUUGACAAUACAGCAGACAAAAACGUGAGGACAACUUGCUGCAAAACAGGCUAUUGUAAUGGAAAUGCCUUGAGUUGCAACACUUGUACUAAUGAAGCUGACGAACCAAAAUGUGCAGCAACAGCCUGCGCUGCAACUGACAAACUAUGUCAGAGCACUUAUACCCUCACUGCACCAGGUAAGCUGGAUCACAAGGGGAAAGGUGACUGAUACCUGUGUCUCUGU